AUGCUCGUCCGUCCCUGGGAUCGGUCUCUCCUCGAGCUAUCAGACUUUGUAGAUCUUCAAGAUGAUACAGAGAACGAAGAGGAUGAUUGGGUGCCGCCUUCUCCGUUGGAUGACUCGCCUAGUCAUUCUCUUGUAAAACAGGGGGUGGAUGAUCCAGAAUUGCGGGCAUUACGGUUACUUGUUCGUCUUGGGCAGCCUUUUGGCGCAUUUUUACUAGUGCGGCAACGCGGCGGAGAAUACAAGAGGGUCGCGUCGGAUUGUGAUAUCAUUGCGCAAGUCAAAGACGUGGUUUCUGUUCGGGACUUGAUGGACGUCAGGACGAUAGAAAUACUGUAG